AUGGCCAAUGCGUCGAGGCCUCGUGAACGGCCCAAGCAGUCGAGCACUCGUCAUUACCAUUCGGUCGAAGGUUGGGAAGUAAAGGCACGAGUGGUUGAAACCGUAGUCGUAGCUGAUGACUGGUGGUUCAUUGUGGCCCAAGCAGGGGAAACGCAGCCGUACAAUAGAGUGUCAAAAAAACGCGCUUGUGGCAAAGGUCAAGACACGCACCGUACAAUGCUCGAUGCGAACUUCACCUCUCUUUCUCCUUCUCCCACCAUCUUCACUCGCUCGCCCCCUGCUGUCCUGACUCCCAUCAUGCCAAAAUCGAAAUCAAUCACUCCCAGUAGUCCGCCCAGGAGCCCUCGAAAGCCGCGCCAGGAUUAUCGACAGUUAAACGAUAUGCGUGCGGCAAAUCGUUCGAAGGAGGAAAUCGCUGCAGAGAAGGCGGAAAAAGAGCGACGUCAGCGGGACAAGGUAACGAAAAAGCAGAAGAUAACAGCUAACCUUGCGCAGUUCGAGAAUGACGCGGUCAAUGAACUUCUUGAGAAAGGUCGUCGCGCAGCUCGACCACCGGCUCAGACCCAGCAGAAGGCCAAACGCACUGUGGCUCAGCCUCGCACCACAGAGAAGGUUCCGGAUACCGCCACCAGAAAGAGAGCAAAGGCCCACCAGCAAGAGGACUCGGAGGAGGUCGACGAAGACGACGAAGAAGACGAGCUCGAGGAAGCGCCACCUCAAGAAGCGCCCACCGACAACGAUUUCGACGAAGAAUCCCACGCCGGCUCGGAAGCAGAGCAGGAUGUGGCCCCAUCCGGAGACGACGAGAACGACGACUAUGACGACGUUCCACAACCGACGAAGGCCAAACCUGCAGCCGUCAAGAAACCGAAGCCAGGAAAAGUCCUCUACGAUGGUGUUCAGCGCGCUCGUGAAGAAUACAGUGCGUCAGAAUGCCGCAUACUACACCAAGACUCUCCGGAUUUCCUACAUUCGCCUUGA